AGGGUGCAUAAUAUAUAUACAGUUAGAGACAGUGGCAAAUUGUAUUACCCUUCUUGUUGUGAGAAAGAGGUACAUGUAGCUGUGGUAAGAAGAACUCUAGUCUGAGCGAUUAUUUUGGGUACAGCACCGUGGAGUGGUGUUGGUGGAAAUUAAUUUUAGUUUCAUAUCUUGUAGUAGGUGAUAGGCUUUCUAUGGUCAUGAGCCAGACAGAAGAACCUCAGAGUAGUUCACCAAGAACCCCAGACCCAAGUAAUGACAAUACGGAAAUUUAUCAGUGGGUGGUGGGUAUUGUUUGCAUACUCAUCGCCUUCACUCUCGUCACAAUCAUCGGUCUUCUCUUCAGAUUAUUCUUUCAUUAUGUUCAAGAAAGGAGGCUGAAAAGGUUUGGUUAUAUUCGAACAAAACUCAAAAGAAGAAAGCGUCGAGAUCGCUCUCAUCGUGCUUACGUGGUAGCAUCCAAACGAUUAUCUCCCGUACCCACCCUUUCCCAACGGGUUCAUGUCGAUGAAUACGGACAACCCAUGGUCGAUGAUUAUGGAUAUAUACCUCCUCCACCUUUCCAUCCUCCUCCUGCUCCUCCGAUUAACUAUCAUUCUGGCGUGGUACAGAGUUCCAGGGUGUUUGUUCCUAUUCUAGAAUCCGAGCCUCCAUCCGAAGGAUUACUCAUUGGUUCGCCGCAGCCAUACAUAGAGCAACAAGUUCCUCACCAGCUUACCAAUCAUGAGCAGGAUUCGCAUGUGACCCGUCCAUCACGCUUCCAGCAUGGCCCUUCUCAUCCCCCAACCAUCCCAGAGGAGGAUGGCUCGCAUCAAAACAUGACACAAGAUGCGUUACCAGGGCAACAAGAACAUCCGCCACCGAAACAAGAUGACGAUCUUUCACCCGAGUACGAUCAAGGUCCAACUACCGGUAGUGCAUCCGCUGAAGAUUACGGCGGAUGGCAACGCUCUGCUCCAGAAGACUUCGUCUUCGGAAGACGAAGUUCCAGUCGACGUUUAGGCCCUCGAUCGCAAAGUCAUCAUUCAGGGAAUCGUCGAGAUCGAGAGGAUCGGGAUCUUCUGUAUCAGUCAGUACCGCCAUCUGUGGUCGACCAGGCAGUCGUAAGGAACCCAAUGUUUUCCCGUGAACAUGAUGAUAGGGUUUAGGAACGUUAGGGAUUUCUGUUACCAUAAUUACUCAACGUAUUUACGCAAAGCAGAUAUACAGCAAACGUAUUUAUUGUGUGUGUGUGUGUGUGUGUGCACGCGUAUUAUUUCGAUUAUGUCGAUGGUGAUUAUGUUUAAGGUACAGCAUACAAUAAGUGUAAGCCGAGGAUGCCAAUCGCUUCCCAAAUGUAUUUUAUCACAAAAACCUAUUAAUUUCGCACUGAAUUUGUUAAUUUCAUUUGGCACGAUCAGCAUGACCAUCAUAAUGGUCGUUUGAAUCCCUUAUUCACUGAUACUGAAUUCGCCAGGACUGUAACUGUUAAAAACGUCUAAAGUUUUAAGUAAUUUGUUUAACAAAAUGAAACAAUUUGUUGUUAUAGUGAAAUGGCUUAAAGGGGAAUGAAACCUUUAGAAAAAAUAGGCUUGUGUCGAUACAGAAAAAUCAAAGAAUAAGAACAAAGAAAGUUUGAGAAUAAUCGGACAAAUAAUGAGAAAGUUAUGAGCAUUUGAAUAUUGCAAUCACUAAUAUAAUGGAGAUCCUCCAAUUGGCAAUGCGACAGGAUGUGUGAUGUCACAUGUGAACAACUUUCCCUUUGAUGGACUCUAAAAUACCCCCCAAAAUGUCUCUUUUUGCUUUUUCUUAAGGUGAUACAAACUCUUCAUCCAUGAUGUAUUUUUUAUCUGUAUUGCAUGCCCUCCUAUAGAAAGAGUACAUGAUCUACUGAUAAAUGUGAUAAAAGAGGCAGUUUAAGUGAAAUAUAUACUAAAGUAAUGGGGAGAGUUGUUCACAAGUGACAUCACACAUCUUUGUCGCAUUGCCAUUGUGAAGAUCUUCAUAGUAUUAGUGAUCGCAAUAUUCAAAUGCUCCUAACUUUCUCAUUAUUUAUCCGAUUUUUCUCAAACUUUCGCUGAUCCGUUUCUUUGAUUUUUCUGUUUUCACACAAGCUAUCUUGUUCCAAAGGUUUCAUUCUCCUUUAAACUAAAUUCUAUUUCUUGUCAAACAUUAUCAAAAUGUCUAUAGAUAGUGAAAUAAAUUGACUAUAAGACGAUCGUAGCUUUUAUUGGUCAAGCUUUCGAUCUGUAAGUAGAUCUUCAUCAGGACGGGUGUGGAGGUUCAGAGGGUUUAGUUCCCAAGGAUCAAGUGAACUUGUGUAGGGCUGUGGCGUCAUACUUGGGCGUCUGUGAGAAUCAAUUGUCACCAACAUUUAUUAAAUAAAUAUGACAGGUACUCUGUGUUAGGGAUUUCGACUUUUAUACGGCUAGCCGUCAAUGGUAAAAUAAUGGGCAAUUCGAAAGUUCCGUGAUAAAAUUGACGGAGAAAAGUUGAGCAGAAAUUUGAUAGAACUUCGAAUGAAAUGUAUGCAUGGGUAUCCGUAAAACGUUUUUUUAAGGCAGAUAUGGUAUUUAAAUAUAUAUCUUGUCAAAUAGUAAUAUUUCAGACCCGUACUCGAUACAGAGUUUCUUUCUUUUUUCAUACCUAUAUCUUACGAAAGUCUACACUAAAGUAUAUUGCCAUUAAUUGUUACAAAAAAAAUGAAAUGUAGAUCCCAAUAUCAAUCUAGGAAGUAAAAUCUUAAUUUAAAGCUCAUGAAUUUUGCAGAAGAAAAUACUUUUAAUGUUUUUACAGUUCAUCUUCCAGCUGCAAUUUAUAAUUGCUAUCUUUAUUCAUUUGGAAAAUAAUUUUUAUUUUACUUUCUAAUAAAUGCAUAUGUUUACUGUAUAUAAUGUAUUUUGCUAUCAUUAGCCUUAUAGAAAACAGUUGAAAGCUUAAAGGGUUGAAUGGGUUUAACUUGUUGUUAUUUCCGUCAUGGCAAUAAUUUUAAGUAAUGCAUUAUUAUUAUUAUCAUUAUCAUUAUUGUUAUCAUCAUUUUAUUAUUGUUAUUAUUGUUAUUAUUAUUAGUAGUAGUACUAGUAUUAUUAUAUAACAUUGUUGAUGUUGUUGUUACAAGUACGGAUCCAGGAUUUCAGAAUUGGGCAAGUAAGUUUUUCACCAAGAAGAGGUAGAUUAUUACUCCGAAAUUGAUCCUGCUUUCUUCUCUACAGAAGAGUUGGCAAGCCUACUAACAGGUGUCUCACGCUUCCAAAGAGAGCACGAGUGAUGCAUUUUAUAUAGUUUUUUUAACCAAGGGCCAAGAGGCACCCCCCCCCCCCCCUGCACGCCUCUGCCCGGAUGCGUGCAUAAAUUAUACAGACAUCGAAUAAAAAACCGAUGUCGGAAUUGCUUGACCAUGCAUACUUAAAAAAUUGUAAUUUAACUCUAUUGGCUUUUAUGUAUUCUGUACCAUUUACCAUUAUAUAGACCCCUACUGAUUUUUUAUGACCUUCUUAACACUAAACUAUUUUCUGAAUAGGAUGGUCCAUGAUUAGUGUAGGGAAAUCAGAUCAAAGUUUAUUACUUUCACGCUAAGUAGGUUUUUAUUCAUUAAAACACUUGUCAUUCCAU